GCUCGUGCCACGCCUCCCAGUCCCCGGGCGCCCCACGUACAGGCAACACCGCGGAGCUCGAGUCCAGCCUGUUGUUAACCGUGAAGAUGGCAGAGAAGCAACAGAAACACGAAGGCAGGGUGAAGAUUGGACAUUAUAUACUCGGCGAUACGCUUGGAGUCGGAACGUUUGGAAAAGUGAAGAUUGGAGAGCACCAGCUCACAGGCCACAAGGUCGCCGUGAAGAUCCUGAACAGGCAGAAGAUCCGCAGUCUGGAUGUGGUGGGAAAGAUCAAACGCGAGAUCCAGAACCUCAAACUCUUCAGACAUCCACACAUCAUCAAGCUGUACCAGGUGAUCAGCACGCCCACAGAUUUCUUCAUGGUGAUGGAGUAUGUUUCAGGAGGAGAGCUGUUUGACUACAUCUGCAAACAUGGACGGGUGGAGGACACGGAGGCACGUCGCCUGUUCCAGCAGAUCAUCUCAGCGGUGGACUACUGUCACAGACACAUGGUGGUGCACCGAGACCUGAAGCCAGAGAACGUGCUGCUGGACGCCAGCAAGAACGCCAAGAUCGCUGACUUCGGGCUGUCAAACAUGAUGUCAGACGGGGAGUUUCUGAGGACCAGCUGUGGGUCUCCAAACUACGCUGCUCCCGAGGUCAUCUCAGGAAGGCUGUACGCAGGCCCCGAGGUGGACAUCUGGUCCUGCGGGGUGAUCCUCUACGCCCUGCUGUGCGGCACGCUGCCCUUCGACGACGAGCACGUCCCCACGCUGUUCAAGAAGAUCCGCGGGGGCGUGUUCUACAUCCCUGAGUAUCUGACGCGCUCCGUGGCCUCACUGCUCAUGCUCAUGAUGCAGGUGGAUCCUCUGAAGAGAGCCUCCAUCAAGGACAUCAGGGAGCACGAGUGGUUCAAGCAGGACCUGCCGGGGUACCUGUUCCCCGAGGACCCGUCGUACGACUCCAGCGAGCUGGACGAGGAGGCCGUGAGGGAGGUGUGUGACAAGUUUGAGAGCUCCGAGUCUGAGGUCAUGUCCAGCCUGUACAGUGGAGACCCCCAGGACCAGCUAGCGGUAGCCUACCACCUGAUCAUCGACAACCGGCGCAUCAUGACCCAGGCCAGUGAGUUCUACCUGGCCUCCAGCCCCCCGCAGGGCUCCUUCAUGGAGGAGGGCAUGGCCCUGCCCCCAGGGGUCAAGCCCCACCCAGAGAGGAUGCCCCCCCUGCUGGUCGACAGCCCCAAGUCCCGCUGCCCCCUGGACGCCCUGAACACCACCAAGGCCAAGCAACUGACUGUGAAGAAGGCCAAGUGGCACCUGGGUAUCCGCAGUCAGAGCAGGCCCUACGACAUCAUGGCCGAGGUGUACCGUGCCAUGAGGCAGCUCAGCUACGACUGGAAGGUGGUGAACCCGUACCACCUGCGUGUGAGGAGGAAGAAUCCGGUGACGGGGAACCUGAUGAAGAUGAGUCUGCAGCUGUACCAGGUGGACAGCAGGUCCUACCUCCUCGACUUCAAAAGCGUCGACGAUGACAUCAUGGAGGCGGUGGGAUUCAAGUCGGGCUCGUCCACCCCCCAGCGGUCCGGCUCUACGGCGGGCCUCCACAGACCCAGGCUCAGCAUGGACUCGGCCAGCCCGGCCGUGGACCUGCCCCAGCUCAGCUCCUCCCUGCCUGGGUCGCUCUCCUGCAGCGCCCCCCUGCUGGCCCCGCGCCAGGGCUCCCACACCAUGGACUUCUUUGAGAUGUGUGCCAGUCUGAUCACCACGCUGGCGCGCUGAGGGGAUACCUCACCCCACUCCCUCCCUCUCUCCCUCCCCCUUUCCCCUCUUGGUCUCCCCUCAUCACCCCUCACCGCCCGGCCCAGACCCAGCAGCUGGAGCUGGCUGCCCUCUCUACAUUCAGACACACGUUCCUCAAACGGUUCCUCCCCUCAUUUUCCCGUCUCCUGUUCUUCACGGUUGAUUCCAGCUGUGUGGGCCCCUGGUGGCAGCUGAUAGUGAUCACGUAGCUUAGGCCUGUUCAUGCUCAGGUGUCCGGUAGAGAGGGGUAGGAGGAGAGGUCACCGAGACAAAGAUUUGACCCUGUGUUGAAACUGGUCACGGUCAGCUGUGGAUGGACUGGGGUCAGAGGUCAGGGGUUAACCUGGAUGGUGGAGGGUCGCUUGAGGUCAAGUUCACUGGAUGUUCACCCCGCUAAACCCUCCAAUCACCAGUUAGCUGCUGAGAUGGUGUUGGGGGGGGGGGCGAUAGAUAAGUGUCUUACAUACUAAUUCAGCUAGGAUCAUAUUUUGAACACAAAUGAUUUGAUUUUCGUUUUUUUUUUCCUAUGGUUUUGUAAUAACACAGAUUUUUGUUAUCCAUGGACGAUAUAUUUAUAUUUAUGUAUCACUUUUAAGUAGUUUAAUAGCUUUUGAUUGCAAUGGCUUACCAAAAACAAGAGUUUAUACAAAGAAAGGAUCAUUAUUAUUAUCAUGUAGGUAUCAGAUGUAUUUAUUUUCUUGAGAUUGUUCACUGCUUUUACGCUGAAGGGGGUUCUUCUUCCUGGUUUUGGAACAAGAUGGCAGGGACGACGCCAGUGAUUGGUCGGUGUCUGUUGUUGUCGCUGUGGGGAGUAGUUAGUCCCUGAGGCAAACACUGCAGAUACGCAGCGCCUCCCUCGCAUGCAGUCUUCCCCUCACGUCGUUAUGUGAGGUUAGGCACCCGUGCGGCAUGCAUGGCCCACAACCCUCAUUUAGAAGCACCUGUUUGGUCAACAUCGUUCAGACAGGCAAAGCGAGCCAGACACACCUACUGUACCGGGUGGGUGGGGGGGAGCUGGUUUAACGGGGUGACGUAGAGGGGGUGAAAUGGAGGGUUAAGGUUAGAGUGAUGUGGGCGGAGGUGAUGUGUAUCUGUGGCAGGGCCUCUACACAACAGAAAACCGCGAAGCCCUUCUCCAGUUGCCUUACAAAUGCAAACACGUUUGUUACUGUGUGAGUGUGUACACACCUGUGUGUGGAUGUGUGUGUGUGUGUGUGUGCACACGGAGUAAAGAAAGUGUAAAGUUGUCUGGGUCCUGAGCCUGUCUGUCUGUAUGUCUACCUGCCAGCCUGACAGACAGGCUGGACAAAAGCAGGGAUUGGAUAGAAGAAUACACUCUAAUGUAUGUGCCAAUGAGAUCUGUGAUCGUCAGUGACCGUGAGAGAGGAGGACGGCAGAGAGAGAGAAAGAGGGGAGGAUGUGACAAGAAGAUGGCUUAAGUCAUCAUCAUCACCUCAGUUCUGUAACAGAGCUUCUGCCAAAGCUCUCUCUCCAAAGUUUACAUUGUACCUCUUCCAGGUCUCUCUUUCUGUCUGUCUCUCUCACUCUGUCUCUUUCUUUCUCUCUCUCUCUCUGUCUGUGUCUGGUGUUUUCUCUGUGUCUGUAUUGACUGUCUGAGGCAUGAAUCUGUGUUCUGUUCACUGGUGUUUGUCCGUUCUGUAUUCCUGUUCUCCCACAACAAGCUGAGGUUCUAGCGGGUUCUUCAGGACCGAAUGUAGAACCGGUCCUGCUGCCUUGGGGUUCCCCUGGGGGUAUCCACUACUGGGGAGAUGGGAAGGUUCUAGAAGACUUGACACACCACUGAAGCCAAGAGCCUAGACAGAAAGAGUAUCACAUUACAGAGCCACAUGUCCUCGCUUCUCUCUCUAUAUAUAUUUAAUAUUAUUGUGUGUCACUGGUAGAUAUCAGCAUGACGGAUACAAUGAAAAUACUUUUAUUUCUGAAAUAUUCUAGCAUCUGGUUAAUUCACUAAAAGCUCAACUCUGGCUGUGGCUCGUGUUAAAGGCCUUUAUGACCUGUGUUCUGGUCAAACACACUCAAGGCUCCAACUUCUGUAUGCAAUACAGACCUGCCAUUGGGCCACAGUGAAACUGUGCCCCCUGCUGCUCAGCUCACGCCAUUACACUCAUCAACACUACAGGCCAGUUGACCUUUCACCCCUGAGAAGGACAAUAGUCUCACAGUGUUCCAUACUCCAGAAAGGGCUAGCAAGCUAGCUAGCUAGCUACAGGAUGUUUUGGUUGAAAGUUGAGUAUUUACCUGGAGUUUGGGGCAUGGCGAGGCUAUCUUCUAGAAACAGCCAUUGUCGUUAUGUCUGUGUGUGUCAGUGUGUUUGUGUGUGUCAGCAGCAUGCUAGACCCCAUGCUCUCACCAGUCCCGAGGUAGUGAAAUAACCACCAUGUGGCACAUUGUCAGAGCUGCGAUUCUGCGUGGAACCAAUGUCAACGUUCUCCCCAUCGUUCUCUCCAUCGCUGCGGUUCCAUGGCAGGUUCUACGGCAGGUUCCUCAUGCCCCGUGUCAAGCAUGGAGACCCUGUUAUUUGUAACUGUGUGUGUUUUAUAUCUCUCCCAAUGCCUCCGUGUCUGAAUGGAGUUUGGAUUUUCUCUCGUUAUGCACUGCAUGGUGUUGCUCUUCUGAUUUGCACUUUACUGAAUAUUUAUUGUCAAACUGAAUAAACAAAUAUAUAUAUAUAUA